UGUGUUUCCUGAAAGCUGGUCAGGACCUCACAGAGACGCUAAACAACAGUGGCGCACACAAACAGCUUCAGAAGAAGAAGAAGGCGUCAUUUCACAGAAGUGGAGAGGAGGAGUUCGAUGGAGAGGCAGAAAGCAGAAGCCGAAGUCCAGAAGAUGAGUGACGGUCUUGAGGAUGAGGAGGGCAGAUCAGAGUCCAUCUGUCUGUCUGUGAAGAGUGACUGGUCCAAAGAUUCACCUCCAUACUUCUGUGAUGGACCCACACACACAAACUCCAGGUGUCUGUCUGUGAAGAGUGACUGGUCCAAAGAUUCACCUCCAUACUUCAGUGAUGAACCUUCAGACACAAAGAAUCAGGAGGAGCAGCCGUCCAGCUGUGCUCUGUAUCAGGACGUCCUGAAGGAUCCAGUCUCUACCAGCUGUGGACACUGGUUCUGCAGACAGUGCAUCACCUCAUACUGGGACCAGCCUGGUUCAUCAGUAGACUCCCACUGUCCCCAGUGUGGACAAAGAUCCAGAACAAGACCUGGACUGCAGAGAGUCAGUCAGACCAGCACUGUACAAACAGAUAGUGGUCUGCAGGAGGUUUUAGAUGAACAUAAGAUCAGUCUGAGGGACAGAUGUGAACGUGUGACUGAAGGAACUGAUGGAACAGGAAGUGGAACCCUCCUCAACAAGAUCUACACUGAGCUCUACAUCACAGAGGGACAGAGUGAAGAGGUUAAUACCCAACAUGAGGUGUGGCAGCUUGAGACAGCUUCCAAGAUGGAGACCCUCCAUGAAACUCCAAUCGAGCUCCGCGACAUUUUUAAAUCCUUGUCUGACCAGCAGGGGUCCGUCAGAGUGGUUUUGACCAACGGCGUCGCUGGCGUCGGAAAAUCCUUCUCGGUGCAGAAGUUCACUCUGGACUGGGCAGAGGACUUGGAAAACCAGGAUGUCAGUCUGCUGGUUCUGCUUUCGUUCAGGGAGCUAAACCUGAUCAGAGAUGAGCAGCACAGUCUUCUCACGCUGCUCCAUGUUUUCCAUCCAGCAUUACAGAAGGUCACAGCAGAGAAGCUCGCCCUCUGUAAAGUUUUGUUCAUCCUUGAUGGCCUGGAUGAAACCAGACUUUCACUGGAUUUCAACAACAGGGAGGUUGUGUCUGAUGUCACACAGAAGUCGUCAGUCAACGUCCUUUUGACAAACCUCAUCCGGGGGAAUCUGCUUCCCUCGGCUCUCGUCUGGAUAACGUCCCGACCUGCAGCAGCCAAUCAGAUCCCUCCUAGAUGUGUUGACAGGGUAACAGAAGUACGAGGCUUCACUGACGCCCAGAAGGAGGAGUACUUCAGGAGGAGAUCCAGUGAUGAAGAGCUGUCCAGCAGAAUCAUCUCGCACAUCAAGACAUCCAGGAGCCUCCACAUCAUGUGUCAGAUCCCAGUCUUCUGCUGGAUCAGUGCUUCAGUUCUGGAGCACAUGUUGACUACAGACCAGAGAGGAGAGCUGCCCAAGACCCUGACUGACCUGUACUCACACUUCCUGCUGGUUCAGACAAAGAGGAGGACAAACAAGUAUGACGAGGGACAUAAGAAGAGUGGACAGGAGCUGACGAAGGCUGACAGGGAAGUUCUUCUGAAGCUGGGGAGGUUGGCGUUUGAACAUCUGGAGAAAGGAAACAUCAUGUUCUACCAAGAAGACCUGGAGCAGUGUGGUCUCAAUGUCACAGAGGCCCUGGUGUACUCCGGAGUUUGUACAGAGAUCUUCAAAAGAGAGAGUGUGAUCUUCCAGAAAACAGUCUACUGCUUUGUUCAUCUGAGCAUUCAGGAGUUUCUGGCUGCAGUCUACAUGUUCCACUGUUACACCAACAGGAACACAGAGGUACUGGAGGACUUCCUAUGGAAUCAAGAUGAUGAACAUGAUGACAGUGACUUGUCAUCCUCAGAAGAUGAUGAAGGCCAAUACUCUGAUGGUGACAGUCACUUAUUCCUAGAUGUCUUCCUGAGGGGAGCCAUGGAGAAAUCCCUUGAAACUAAAAAUGGCCACCUGGACCUGUUUGUUCGUUUCCUUCACGGUCUCUCUCUGGAGUCCAACCAGAGACUCUUAAGAGGCCUGCUGGGUCAGACAGAGAACAGUCCAGAGAUGAUCCAGAGAGCCAUCGACAAUCUGAAGGAGAUGGAAGCUAAGUUUAUCUCUCCUGACAGAAGCAUCAACAUCUUCCACUGUCUGAUGGAGAUGAACGACAACUCAGUACAUCAGGAGAUCCAAGAGUUCCUGAAGUCAGAGAACAGAUCAGAGAAGAAACUCUCUGAGAUCCACUGCUCAGCUCUGGCCUACAUGCUGCAGAUGUCAGAUGAGGUUCUGGAUGAGUUGGACCUGGACAAGUACAAAACAUCAUGGAAAGGUCUACUCAGACUUAUCCCAGCUGUGAGGAACUGCACAAGAGCUCGACUUCGUGAAUGUUGGCUCUCAGAAACUCACUAUGAAGUUGUGGUCUCAGCUCUGAAGUCCAACCCAUCCCAUCUAAGAGAGCUGGACCUGAGAGGAAGCAAGCUGCAGGAUUCAGGAGUGAACCUGCUGUCUGCUGGACUGGAGAAUCUACACUGCAAACUGGAGUCACUUUCACUUGCUAAUUGUGGAUUGACAGAGAGCAGCUGUGGCUCUCUGGUCUCAGCUCUGAAGUCCAACCCCUCCCAUCUGAGAGAGCUGGAUCUGAGCACAAACAAUCUGCAGGAUUCAGGAGUGAAGCUGCUGUCUGGUGGACUGGAGAGUCCAUAUUGGAGACUAGAGAUUCUGAGACUGAGUCACUGCAGGUUGUCAGAGCUCAGCUGUGAUUUUCUGGCCUCAGCUCUGAAGUCCAACCCCUCCCAUCUGAGAAAGCUGGACCUGGGUCACAACGACCUGAAGGAUUCAGGAGUGAAGCUGCUGUCUGCUGGUCUGGAGAGUCCCCACUGUAGACUGGAGACUCUGAGACUCAAUCACUGUGAACUACAAGAAAGCUGCUGUUCACCUCUUGCCUCCGCUCUGAGCUCCAACCCCUCCCAUCUGAUAGAACUGGACCUGAGCUACAACAGCCUGCAGGAUUCAGGAGUGAAGCUGCUGUCUGCUGGACUGGAGAGUCCACACUGUAGACUUGAGACUCUGAGGUUGGUAUGUUGUCUGCUCACAGAUGACAGUUGUGUUUCUCUGGCCUGGGCUCUGAAAUCAAACCCCUCCCAUCUGAGAGACCUGGAUCUGAGUGGAAACAAGCUGCAGGACUCAGGAUUGAAGUUGCUGUCUGCUGCACUGGAGAAUCCACAUUGUAGGCUGGAGACUCUGAGGUUGAAGGACUGUCAGAUCACAGAUGAAGGCCGUGAUUCUCUGGCAUCCGCUCUCAAGUCCAACCCCUCCCAUCUGAGAGACCUUGACCUGAGUCUCAACAACCUGCAGGAUUCAGGAAUGGAGCUGCUGAUCAGUUUUCUGGAGAGUCCAGACUGGAGACUGGAGACUCUGAGGUUCAAGUGAACCUGGACUGUGAGGACAUCCUUCAUCAAGCUGCCACCUUUGUUCACCCGGACGUAUAUUCAUCACAGACCUCAGAACCACUUCCUCCCUCUUUCAUUUGUUUUCCAGCUUCGACCCCAUUUCUUGACCUUUGACUUUUGUAUAAGAGGAUGAUUAUAGAGUAUGUAUGAGUAUGUAUGUAUCAUCCAGCUUCUGUUCUCUCUCCCUCUCUGGUGUGUGUCUUUAAGUAAUUGUAUUUGUAUACUUGUUUUAACUGACUGUUUUCUUUUACCUUAUAUCUUUUAUUAUUUUGUAUCUUUUUUAAGUCAUUUUAAACUGUUACUCAA